AUGGCAACAGUGGAUGUCAAGAUUGCACCCGACUGGCUCCGAACACCGGAUGUUACUACACGCACUGAGCUCUUGGAGGCACGGAAGCAGGACCGUCGAGCAUUGUCGUUCGCUAUGGAGCCACCAUUGUCGAAUGACAAGAAGUUUGCACGUUCGGAAAGACUCUAUCGGGACUCCCACCGCCCCAGUGGAGCGUUAGUUUGUAGCCCAAGACAGCAAGAACUGGAUCUUCCUCCUCAGCAUUAUCACCCUCGAGCGACGUGCAGUGGCUCACCCACCAAGGCAGCAUUAGUCGCUCGAAGACAACAUGAUAAACGUCUGGAGAGUCUCAAGUUUGAGCCGUCCGAGAUUGAACGUCUUCGCGACAUUCCCAAGGUCGAUCGUCUUGAAAACUGGUGGAAACGACCAGCAGGAUAUGUAGAAGACCCAGCGUCCUUCAAAGACUCGCUACGUCUCCAGCUCACACACCACAGCACCGAGCUCGGCCCGGUUGAUCCCGCAAAAAUACGCUCUCCAGCUUCCGUGGAUGAGCGACGGCUUCUGCGAGAAAAGAGAGGCCAGCUCGCAGACAAAGUGAACCACAUCGCACACCAGAUGCCGGAGGACUUCGCUCGUAUCGACAGUGAGACGGUAGCCGUGCAUCCACAAGAACUGAGAGUGAACGGAGCUUCCAGUUUUGAGCCAGCGUGGACACUGCCCAUGUCGCCGAUCAAAGUCCCUCCGAAGGUUUGUCUAAGAAGAAGGCGCCGCGGAGAGCUGUAG